AUGCUCGCUGUCGCAAAGCCGGGCGACACGUCGAGGAGGAUUGCAAGCAGGACAAGGGAAAAGGGUCACCCCACAAUCAACGCUGCUAGGCUCAAGCUAAUCGUGCCGAAUCGCCAAGCCUGCUCGUCGCAGCAUCCCCUUAACCGCCUCCGUUCCACUUUCUCCUUCUAUCUACAGACUGACGGUUAG